CUCUUUGGCUAGUUAUUUUCCACCAACAAAUUCUCAGUCUUUUUUUUUUUCUUUCUUUUUUUUUCUUCUUCUUCUCGCAAACACUCAAAACCACCCAUAGCUUUAUUGCACAGUUUGUCAAAACAUCAACCAAAUUUUAGCACCUACCUGUGAGACUUACACACCAUAACCGUCCCGGUGUGUCCUCCUUAAUCUUUCGCUUUACCACAAUUUUUGUCAUUUUUUUCUGGCUCGUCAACAGUCGCCCACCUCCAGCGAGCCGCAAGCCCGGCUUGCCGAAUCGCUCAGGGACAAUCGGACCGUGAGGCGAGUCAAGCUGCUGCUGCCGAUUCCCAUUUUGCAUUUUGCCGACUUAGAGACCCAUUCACUCGAGUGGAUCCUAUCCCUGGUGUCGCCGCAAUCAAGAUUCCGCACUUUUGAGGCAGGGACAGCCAAUCCGACACACACCCCGGGGGCGCUUGGAACAGUUUUUGCCUGUACCUGGCUAGCUUCCCCCCUCGGAUUUUUAUUUUUAUUUUUCAUUUUUCAUUUUUAUUUAUUUUUUUAUUUUUUGAUCCAUCCCGUUUUAUUUUUUAUUCUCCAGUUUUACGCAAUUACUUCUUGUUGCGUUACUGGUAGGUCAGCCUGCCAUCACCGGACUCCAAACCCGUUCGCCCAUGCUGCCGAAGCCGACUGCGGACAACACAGAAGCAACGUGCGGUGGCUGCAAUUGCGAUUGAUAACUCUGCUACCCCGGCCGUCUCGGGCCCCUCAUCUACCAUCACUGUACCACGCUGCUACCUACUCGCGACAGGUCCGAACGCACCAGAGCGCAACAUAUUGUUACUACCCCAUCAGGCACCAAAUAGAGAGAGCACAGGCGGAUUUCAACGCGCGACCUUGCAAUCCUGUCAACCGCCACCUCCUGACUGAGCGACGGGAGCCUCAGUUUUACGACCUGCUGAGAUAGCAAAACCCUAAGUCUCAGAACAAGGAAGUAAAGGUCUCCACUCCCUUGUCUGUGGUUCGCCCAUUCGGUUCUGUCUUCCACAUCAAUCAGCCGUCGCAUCACCCGAAGGCUUCCAUUUUACAGCAAGCUGAGGCAUCAGUCCUUAUACUCAGUUCGACGGCUUUUUGUUUUGCUUCGCAACGCAACCCGACCGCAUCAUGUCUUCUUGAAUAGCCGGCCAGCGUCUCCUUUCUUCCCCGCGUGCUUCUUUGUUCCUUUCAAUCUUGAUUCUGCCCCCAUCCUCGCCAUCAAUACCCCCCACCUCUGAGACCCAAACAACACUUCGAUGUGCAGCUGGGGCUCCAUCCGUCUGCUACCUGCACGCCACCUUUGAAAUUGCUGCAGAACUCCGUCGACUCUGCUCGACCUCGUCGGUACCUCUUCAUAUCUGAUUCCAUACGCGACGCGACAACGCAUCUCCAGCCGAAGCGAUUUCGUCGACACAAAUUCGACUACCGAAAUACCAAAUUUUACUGCGACUGCGCCUACCGUUGUUGAGUCUACACAACCUCAUCAGCACGAUCCUGAAAGCGCAUCUUAUCGGAUUUCACUGCUUCAAAUUCUUCAAAGCAAAAACAAACAAGACCGGUUCCCGUUUUUAUUUUGCUAUUCGACGAAAUGAUUAUCGACGGCGAGAAGUGGGCUUGCGAGGCCUGUGUUCGCGGUCACCGGGUCAGCAACUGCCAGCAUUCGGAACGCCCGCUCCAACACAUUAACAAGAAAGGCCGCCCCGUGUCACAAUGUCAGCAUUGCCGCUCUAUGCGAAAGUCUCGAGCAUCACACGUCAAAUGCGACUGUGGAGAGAAAACACACAAAUGCGCCCACUUGCAGCCAACAUUAGAGGGUCAUAGGGACAGCUGCUGCUGCAACCAUGGCGGUCGUUGUUCCUGUUCACACAAGAAGGAUGCACCGUCGCUCGAUCCCGUACCAGAAUCCGACUCGGAUGAGCCCGAGAAAUCCAUCUCGAGGACCUCAAGCAAGCCUCCGAGUAUCAAGGGCACUCCGCGUGUCAGGAGAAGGGCGAACACGAUACACUCGGACGGCAAGCUCAGCUUCGACGAGAAUGGCAAACACAGGCCGACGUACAGGCACGCAAAGGCCUCAUCCAAAUGCGAGCCGUACCAGCUGAAACGUGUAAAUUCGCUUCAGAGCGCAAGUGAUGGCAUUCGCGAUACUACCGUUUUGACCGACAGUCUUGAUACGUCCCGCAAAGUCAAGUCGGAAACGGCUUCUCCAUUACUGGCAAGCGGCGGAGGUCCUUCUGGAUUCACUCAGCUGAACUCUUCAUUAAGGCCGCUGGACUUAUCGGUGAUUCAAUAUCCGAGCUACGCUUCCCAGGCUUCCCAAAGCACCCCUUGCGAUGCCCUGUUCAGUGCCGGCCUGGAUUUUGAACCUGCAUGCUUUAGCGCCGGCUUGCAGCCUCAAAUCGAAUGGAGCCAGUGGGACAGCCUGGACUAUUAUGCAGACACUGUUGGCGAUAAGUUCACUCCGUCCAGCUACGAUGCGCACGGGGGCUAUAGCAGCGCAGGCGGAUUCGACUUCAAUGGCUCUGACCAAGCUCCGACGUUGGCAACGACCACUUCCGGUGAUGUCUCUGAAGUCGAAGAUUUUAUGGGACCGACAGCCGAUGAUUAUGACAUAUCGAGCGGUUUUGGAAAUGCCGUCGCUAUGGGUAGCUAUGGAGCCACCGGGAUCCUGGGACCUGGUAGCACUGGCACUGGCUUGUCAGCUUACGAGAUUCCGGACUAUCCCAGUGAGGUUCCGAAGAGCAGCCAAGAAGGCAGUCUCAAUGGCCACAAGUACAUUGAAACUCCGCUUGAUGAUAGCGGUCUCACUGCUGCAGGGCCAAUCGGUGCUGCGUUCACCGAAGAUGCGUUGUACUGGAUGCCCGAGGUAGCACCCGUCAUUCCCCCAAUGGCAGACCUGUCAUCCGUUCCGGAACCGAACGGCUUGCCCUGGGACCCCCCUCGGUAGCCCUACGAUAGCGACUUUGAGCUUCUUCUUUCCUUGACUCAACCUAUAUAUGUCCUUUACUGUCUAUACAUACUCUUGGUUUGGUGUCGAUUUCUUUAAAAAGUCUGGGUGGGUCACGGGUUUCAUAGCAUAGGAAUGGUCAUUGUCGUUCGCUUAUAUUCAUACAUGUCUACAUUACAAUGGCGCAGGGCGGUAUUCUCGGGACGAUAAAAAAGAAAAAAAGAAACUCGUGGCGAUCAUUUGCCAUUCGUUUGGAUGCGGUCAAACGCUACCAUUUUUUUGUUUGCAUACAGCUUGAGCAUUAUGUCUAUUCUGAGGCAUUCUCAUGACGGCGUUUUACUUCUCAGCGGAUUUUUCAGUACAUAUUUCUUAUAUUGGGGGCAGUGACAAGACGAACAUACGCUGAUGUUGAAGAUCAAGAUAACUAGCAUGACAUGCCAGGAGACUUGGGCAUAGUCGGACAUGCGUGGACAAGGAAGGUGGAUGAGAAGUGCGAUUGUUGUUUUGUGUCGUGAAGCGUUGAUAUCGUUUGUCAAACACGUUCACGGGCGCAUCAUUUCUCAUCUCAGUUACCUUGGCUAUCGUGCUUACGGCGAAGCGGACUGCAAAAGCUACACGCUUUACUUACUUGAUACUUGGACCGUGGACUUUUUUCUCUUUCUUGGUUACCUACCUAGCAGUAUGGCGCUGCUUAACGACGGUUUCGUAUUACGACUGAGUUGUAUGUUUGUAUUUUCUUGAUAAAUUUGUGCAUAUGGAGGAGGGUUUAAGAUAUCUAGAUAUUUGUCUGUUUACUUCUAGCUUCUGUCUCAAUUUGUUGCCACUACCUUCUUCCACUUUGUAAAUAAUUGUAACUAAGCUGGAUCAAACG